ACAUUAAUAAGCGGGUCUAUGCACCUAGGUAGACGCGAGGGGCUGGGGUAGUUGGUCUGUGUAAAAACUAAGAUAAGCCCCUUUUUUUUCACUGAACCGAUCAUUAAGCUCGUGAAACAACCCGUGGACACUAUGAGAGCCUCAUCAGACCACCAAGAACCAUGGGGCUUCCAAUGGCGAUCAUCCACUUAUUUCAUUGUCGCGACAGUGGCAGUGGCGUUGCUCACCGAUAUGUAUCUGUAUGGAUUUCUCGUUCCAAUUCUUCCAUUCGUGUUGGAGCAUCGACUGGGACUUGACGUCUCACUCACCCAGCGCGUAAGCACGGCGCUGCUAUCCCAAACCGCGCUCGUCAUGGUCGUGGCAAGUCCCUUGAUCGGGGCUCAUGCUGAUCGCUCGGGCGCGAAACGUGCCUGGCUGUUAUUUGGACUUGCGGGUGCACUGCUGGGCUCUUUGAUACUCGCCAUGGCGACUUCAUUGUUCGCUCUCUUUACCGGGCGCCUUGUACAGUCUGUGGCCAGCACUGGUCUCUGGGUGGUAGGCUUUGCUACUCUGGCAGAAAACGUUCCUGCCGAGCAGCUGGGCAAAAUCUAUGGCUUCGUGACUAUUGCCAUUGGCGUAGGAACGUCGGGCGGACCACUUGCGGCUGGUGUUCUGUUCGAUCUAGGCGGGUAUUGGGUGGCAUGGUCGAGUGUGCUUUUCGUUAUCGUGUUUGAUGUGAUCCUGCGAUUUCUGAUGCUAGAGCGGUCGCGAGACACCAGUGAACCUGCUCACACGGAGCGGAACGGGCAGGAUCCAGAGAGGGAGGCACUUUUACCACCAUCGACUGACCCAGAUCCACAGGUAAGCAGUCAGGCUGUAUCGGAAAAGACGGGUAUACAAUUCUAUCUAUGCCUGUGUAGCAACGGUCGUUUCGUUGGUGGUGUCGUUAGUUAUUUCUGCUACGCCGUUCUAACUGCCAGCUUCGAUACAACCCUUCCUCUCCAUGUGCGUGACGCCUUUCAUUGGGGAAGUCUCCCCGCUGGUUUGUUGUUUGGCGCUUUCCAGGGCCCCGCGGUGUUCUUUAGCGUUCCUGUCGGCUGGCUGAAGGAUCGAGUGGGGACUCGACACCCGACCAUGAUCGGUUUUGCUCUUCUAGUGCCUUUAAUGUGGCUAAUUGGUGUUCCUGGGGACGAACGGUUUCCCUGGGCUCGUGAAGAGGAGAUUGGUUCGAUCAUAUACAGUGUAGCUGUCCUGUGUAUCGGGAUUGUGAUAUGCUUGCUCAACGGAGUGGGUAUGAUGGAAGCCACUCAAGCCGUUGACGAGAUCGAAGGAGAGAAUCCCGGAAUCUUCGGUCCGAAUGGCGGGUAUUCGAGGGCAAUAUCAGUCUCCAGUAUCAGUUGGACGCUGGGGAUGUUUGUUGGGCCGAUUCUCUCGGGAUAUGGUACGGAACAAAUCGGAUACUAUGGAAUGAAUUGUGUGUUGGGUUCCGGGGGUAUGCGGACUAUGUUCCAUCACCGCCUUCCUGAAUUUAAAAUCGUCGGUGCCUCUACGGCCGAGUCAGAAGAACCAGAUGCCUUCUGGUGGAGUUUCGAGAUGAGAACUAAAGAAUGGGCCCCGUUUGAUAUUGCCUAAAUUCCACCGGUGUUUGGGGUUGGAAGCUGUAUCUCGCUUAAAAAAAAAGAUAACAAAAGGCAGAAAAAAAGAAAAACUCAAAAUUUUUGUGACAAGCCCGAUUUUUUUAAGCUUAGCGCAACAAAAGAACCGAAAGGGGGGCCGAUUACCUUGAAAUAGUCCUGGAACAUGCAUAGAAGGUUAAUGGGGCCAUUGAAAUCCUUACCGAGGUGCGCCGUACGGAGUACAAUAUCAAAGAGCACAUUCAACCCCAGACUCGAAAGUAGAAAAA